AAUGUCUUUAGGUGUUCCUCUUAAAAUUAUGCAUGAAGCAGUUCAUCAUAUAGUAACAGUUGAACUUAAAACAGGUGAGAUGUUUACUGGAUAUAUGGCAGAAGCAGAAGUAACUUUAAAUAUGAUUAAUAGGAUACAAUGAAUGUCAGAUUAGAUGAAGUGUAAAUGGUUACUAGAGAUGGAAGACCUAUGUCAUUGGAAUAAGUUUAUUUGAGAGGCAGUUAGAUUAGAUUUGUUGUGAUUCCGGAUGUGUUUAAAUAUGCACCUAUGUUUAAGAAGAUUAGAGCAAAUGCUAAAAGCAAGAAUAUGUAAUAAAUAAGAGAGAAGGCAAGAUAAGUUAGAGGUAUGAAAUUAUCAUUAUUUAAUAAUAGAGGAAUUGGUACCUCGUAUUAAAUAGGGUUUGGAAUAGUAGAAGAAAUGAUAAAUAAAUAUUUUAUUGUAAUUCUAAAUUUAAAUAAUAAAUUUUUUAUGCCAAAUUCAUUAAAGUACUUAGUUAUUUAUCGUCAUGAAACUGAAAAAUUGAUUGCUUCAUAUUUAAUUGAAGCUGGAAGUGAGGAACCAUUAAAAAGUGAGUCUACAAAAGUUUGCUUUGAGUUAAAGAGAAAUUAACUUAGAAUAGAUGAAAGAUAAAAAAUUGAUUCUGCAAAUGGUAGUUGGUUUUGUAAAAUUGAUGAUAAAGGCCUUUUCUAUUUAGUUUUGGGAAGUAUGUGUAUUGAUCAUUAUUUUAGUUUCUACUUAUCCUGAAAGACAUGCUUAUACUUUGAUUCAGGAAAUUUAAAAUGAAUUCAACAGAUUGGGUAAUGAUUCAUUAAAAGAUGAUGCCAGUCUUAAAUUACAUAUUAAGAAACCUCUCAGAGAAUUGGGGUUGAAGUAUAACGAUUUGGUUUCUUUGGACAAAAUCUAUUAAGCAUAAUAAAAUGUUUCCAUAUGAUUUUAUUCUAUAAUUAGGUAGAUCAAACUAAAAUCGUGAUGGAAGACAAUAUUAAACAAAUGAUUAAUAAUGGACAAUAAUUAGAUGUACUUUCAAUUAAGGCAGAAGAUCUAAAUAAGAAUGCUAAGUCUUUCGCUAAGAAUUCUGCUGAAUUAGUAAGAUUUUUCAAAUAAAAGUUAGGCUUCUAUUAUGUAUUGGAGAAAUAUGAAAUUAAAGAUAAUAAUUGGAUUAAUAAUAUUGGCAGGACUUUUGUAUAUUAUUGUACCAAUAAUAAUAAAAGUAAGUGCAUCAAAUUGAU